CGCUUCUCUCUCUGUUUGCGCUGUUUCGACGACGUGUCGAAGGGUCGCCGAGCGUUGAGCAAUCCCUGCGAACCAGCCCAGUAACCUGAAACGACGCAAGACAGCAUGGCAUCCACGACCGGGAGUCACCCGGACGGCCAGCCACAGACCGGCCCGAACAAGCUGGCCGCCGCCUUCGGCCGGCAAUUGUCGCUGGCGUCUCGGUCGGUGCACGCUGAUGACUACACCAACACGCAUCCGGCGGUCGCGCCGCCAAUGCACGUCUCCACAACGUUCCGUUACGCGGAUAACCCUGAGGAGCUGGUGCCCUGGUCCGACUUCACCCCUCCCCCGGCGGAGACGUCGUACAUUUACUCACGGUUGAAGUCGCCAAAUGCCACGCGGUAUGAAGCCAUCCUGAGCUCGCUUCUGGGCGGCCCGGCGGUGUCAUAUGCCUCCGGACUGGCCGCUUUCCAUGCCAUGAUUGUGUUCCUCAACCCGAAGCGCGUUGCCAUCGGUGGCGGCUACCACGGCUGCCACGGGAUACUGAAGCUGAUGAACAAGCUCAAGGGGCUUGAGAAGCUGGAGCUGGAGGACGAGAGCGACCUGGCCAAGCUGCAGAAGGGAGACGUGAUCCACGUCGAGACGCCGCUGAACCCAACAGGCGAGGCGCGGGACCUGGCUUAUUACCGCAAGAAAGCGGACGAGUUGGGUUGCUACCUGACCGUCGACGCAACCUUUGCGCCGCCGCCGCUGCAGGACCCGUUCAGCUACGGUGCCGACAUAAUCAUGCACAGCGGCACCAAAUACUUUGGGGGGCACAGUGACAUGCUCAGCGGCGUGCUGGUGGUCCGGCCGGAUCGGGCGCACGGCGGGGAUGGGAAACCAGGCUGGUUGGAGGGGCUCCGAGAGGAGCGGUUGCACCUCGGCGGCGUCAUGGGCAGCCUUGAGGGCUGGCUUGGCGUGCGCAGCCUGCGGACGCUGGAACUGCGGGUGAUGAGACAGACCGAGAACACGCAGCACUUGGUCGACUGGCUCGUGGCGCAGAAAAAGGCCGGCGGAAACAUCGUGGCCGAUCUGGUGUACAAGAUUCAGCACGCAUCGCAGCAGCCCGAGGCUUCUGAGCCGGACUCGUGGCUGCGCAAGCAGAUGCCCAACGGCUACGGGCCCGUGUUCUCGCUGUGGCUGAAAUCGGAAGAGCAUGCUAAGCGGCUGCCGAGCAAGCUGUUCCUGUUCCACCAUGCGACCAGCCUGGGCGGUGUAGAGAGCCUGAUCGAGUGGCGGGCCAUGAGCGACACCACCGUUGACAGGAGGCUGGUGCGGGUCAGCAUCGGCGUCGAGGGCUGGGAAGAUCUGAGAGAUGAUCUGCUCCAGGGUCUGCAGGCACUGGACAAAGAACUAAAGAACUGAGUCCGGGAUGCGGGAGCGGCCGGUGCAUUGGGAGGGUGUGGGCGAUCAUUCGGAUACGGUGUGUUCGGCUGGUCACGGGAGAGAGCCGGCUUCCCAGACGGCGCCCGGCAGCUUCGGCGUCGGCACCAGCAGCUCACAGCCCAAUAUGAUGCCAGCUUCCCACUGUGCCGCUGUAGUGCAGACCAGGCAGUAGCCGCGAUGCAGGUUCUCGGGUGUUUGAUGUU